GAAAUUAACAUGAAAAAUAGAUCAUUAUUAUCAUGCCUCUAACCCAAAUAUGCAUACUCAGUUAGAGAAAUGUUGAAUGAAAUGUAGCUUUUCCGUGUGCGUCGUACAAUUUGUGGCAUUUACAUAAAAAAGAGAUAUAAGGGAGAGAUGGUCACACCAUGGUCAUUAGUUGCUGACAGUGUACAUUUUAUACACCCUGUUAUUGCGGAUACUACUGGCCCUUGGAGGGACAAUUAACUCAGUGAUUUAUUUUGAUUUCUCUUAAGUUUGCCAUAUCAGGAUAAUAGCAUGCAACUACUAUGACAAUACGGCACCUGGAGAGUUGAAGAGGUGAAGAUUACAAUGGCUGUAGAGUUGAAGAAACUGGAUGCCAUAUGUGCCAAACUGCACACCAGUGUCAAAGAGGAGGACGAUAUGGAGGGUGACGGCCAGCUGUCCACAGGUGUCACCUCCCAAGAUUCUGCCAAUGGUGGAGACCAUGAAGUCGGAAUGGGAAAUAGGAGUAGCAGUAUUUCAAUGGAGGUUCGUUCAGCCUCUUUUGUGCCAAAUGUUAAUAUAAAUUCCUCUCCACUCGCAGCACCGACCACUACAGCGUCCUCAUCGAGAAAGAAGCGAAGGAAAAAUGCAAAUCCUCGUAAUAUUGCAGCUCAGGUACAUGUGUUCGCGUUGGAGGAUGAUGAUGAGGAGGAAGAUUUUAAAGAUGAACUAGCGGAGUAUGCCAUCAAUAACAAGGAUAUAGACUUCCAAUCUCUAUCUGCUGAAGAAACCAGUACUGUUGAUGGUUCAGAGAUUGAUGGGUUCCGAAAUCGGGACCACCACUUUAACAUUGGCAGCAAUGGGGGUGCAACAACGGUGGCAGCGAUGGGAUUAUUGAAUUAUGAUGAUAAUAACAUCAGCAGCAGCAGCAAUAUGAAACAAACAACUGUGAUAGAACCUGCAGGGACCUCUAUGAUGAAUGGGGACGCUCAAGAGGCCAUUGAUUUAUCUUUGUGCAAUUCAUCCAGUAUGUCUGCCGAUUUAGCCUCUGUGCGCCACAGCUCUAUGAAUUACUCUGAUGGCGAGGAGGGAGAGGAGGAGGGAGUAGAAGACAUUAUGGACGACUCUACUAGUGACCUUAUCAAUGGAGACGUGGAUGGUGAUCCUAGAGAGACAGUUUCUCUAGUUUCUCCGGCAAUCAAUGAAAAUGCAAACAAACACUAUGCAAGUAGCAGCAGCGGUGAACACUCAGAAGCGGUGUUGUCAAACAGCGCUGAUGCAGCUGCGCUGAAGAACUAUGCAGAAUCCACCAUGAACGAAUUGCUCAGUUUUUAUGGACUUGAAGAAGAGGCCGAGUCCAUCGCUGAUAGUGUCCCUCUUCAGAAUUUUAGCACGGGAAAAAUUCUGCAGAGAACCCAUGGCAACCAAAAGAAAGCUAAGACAAGUCACUAUGUGAAAUCACCCAAGACAAGCCCGUCCAAAAAACCCAGUAAUGCUAUGCUGAGUAAAUCUGCCUUGACUGAAACCAUAUAUUCCAAGUUUGCCAACAUUUCUUCAGUGCCUUCAGGUGUCCUAGUGGGCAGCCCCCCAGUGCCUAAACUGACCACCCCUUCUUCCAGUCCGACCCCGAAGUCCAGUGUCGCUUCUCCGGCCAGUUCCAGCUCAGGUUCUUUGAAGAAAUUCACCAAUAGUGCCGAAUACGUGAAGGCUGUCUUCUCACCAGAUGUCUCUCCUCAGACCAUAUCCGCCAAACUGGCCGGGGAACUCCUCCCCGACUACAGCAAGUAUAUCAAGAGGUUUGUCUCAUUUGCGGACUGUGGAGGCAACCACUGCCAAGACAUGGGAUACAAGGAACACUACCACUGUGUGGACUGCAGUUUCAGGGUUUUCAUCAAGAAAGAAGAGAUGAUCCGCCAUUUCAAGUGGCACAAGAAGCGAGAUGACUCCCUGCAGCAUGGUUUCAUGCGCUACAGUCCCAUGGAUGACUGCUUUGCUAAGUUUGGCAACUGCACACACUGUGGCAAGCAGACUCAUUACCACUGCAUACAGUCUGGCUGUAACAAAGUCUACAUCAGCACCUCAGAUGUUCAGAUGCAUGCCAACUACCACCGCAAAGAUUCUGCCAUCAUUCAGGAAGGAUUUCAGAGAUUUCGAGCCACAGAGGAUUGUGGGACGCCAUCUUGUCAGUUUUAUGGGCAGCGUACCACCCACUUCCACUGCCGCCGCUCCAGUUGUAAUUUCACCUUUAAAAACAAGGCUGAUAUGGAAAAACACAAAGCAUACCACCAGAAGGAUGAAAUUCUUUCUAAGGAUGGCUUCAAGAAGUUCAUGAAAUAUGAACACUGCACAUUCCAAAACUGCAAGUACUCCAAAGUCAGUAACCACAUUCAUUGCAUUCGACCUGGUUGUGACUAUGUACUACAUUCCACUGGACAACUUUAUUCCCACAAGCGAAAGCAUGAACGUCGUGACUUCGAACAUGCCUACAAACGUUUCAAAGAGGAGCAACAUUUCAAAAAGCGUGUCUCCGUGGGACCCGUCCCCAUUGCACCUAUGCCUACAAGUGGUAUCCCACAAUUCACCUUGCAGAACUUCCAACUUCCUGUCAUCAAGCAGGAGGCGGAAUAUGUGGACAUUGAUGAUCUCGUUAAGAUGAAACUGUCACGAGAAAAUACACCAGUGAAGGGAGUUUCCCCCUCUGGAGCAUCUAGCCCCUUGGAUUUUUCUACCACUUCCUCCAUAGGGUCAGAUCUUCAGAUUAAUAUGGAUACCCAAGAUUCCAUGAUGAGUGUUCGCUCUGAGACCAACUCGCCACAAGAAGAAGAUUCCUCAAUUAACCUGACCAAAAGUGCUGGAGACAUUACAGGUGAUGACUUAAACAAUUCCCUCAAUUUACCAAUUCCAACCUUUGAGAAAAAGAAGACAGAGAGUUCGGUAAAGACGGAACCAGCCUCGUUUUCAUCCACGCCUACCCACAAUACCUCCAUGGCAGCUAAAGUAACACCCGCCGAGGCAUCACCCAUUGAGAAGCUGACCUUUGACCCCACCAAGCUCCAGGUGACCAAGAAUAAUGUCAAAGAUGAUUCGUGGAAAGGGAUUCUGACCAGGUAUACUGCUAAUGACCCGUGUAACUCCCGCUGUGAAUAUCUCUAUAAAGACCAUUACCACUGCAAUAUCACUGGAUGCAAUAUGGUAUUUAGGUCCAAGGAAGGUGUCAGGGAGCAUGCAAGAAACCAUGAGCAGCAGGACAAAAUCUCUGAUCUCACAUAUAUGCAGUUCAAUGAGUCUGAGCAGUGUAGCCAGGAAUUGUGUCCAUAUGCCAGGAAGGAGAAACACUAUCAUUGCCUCUGGGCUAACUGUCAGCGUGUCAUCUCCAGCACAGGAGACAUAUUUGCCCGUCUUACCCACUACAGGGAACACGAAUACCUCAGUGCUGUUCUCUGUAGGAAGUCCAAACCCUCCUCAUCCCAAGGCGGGGACAGCGGGAACCUCUUCAACCAUUUUACUCUCCCCAAAACCCGCCGAGGUCGACCUCCCAAGUAUCCAAAAACCCACAUCCCUGUGGUGCCAAAAGUAGAGCUGAAAGAGGGCACCUUUGUCGAUGAUAAGACAGAGCUGACAGAGAAGGAUUUGGAAAGCCUUAAUGCAACAACCAAGGUCAUUAAGGGCUUUAUGAAGUUCGAUGAGGCUCAGCCCUGCCCAGAUCAUCUCUGUUUGUUUCAUAAAAAGGUUCAUUACCACUGCCUUAGACCGCGGUGUCAUCACGCCAGUGAUAGGGCUGACGUGCUGAAUCUUCAUUGCCGCGAUUUUCACAACUACAUCCACAUCCUCGAAGGCUACGAGUUCUUUGAUCGCAACAUCAACUGUCGCCGUCCACAUUGUCAUAAUAACGGUGCCAAUAAGCAUUUCCACUGCACACGCUCACGCUGUGACUAUUCGUUUGUGCGGCCAACGACCAUGGCACAACAUGAGAAAAAACACCAAGAGGGCAGCAAGCAGGCCGAAGGUUCCUCUCCCUUACCCGUCAAAGUCCCAAUUCCAAAAGAGGGCGCUCCGUUUCCUCCAUCAACUGUAACAGCCAAUCAGGCACUGGCUUACAAACUGACCCCGGAAAAAGAUACUGAGGCCAAGAACAUUGUCAAGGCAAAAGGUACCUUCUUCCCCACCAGUGGGGGCAUGCCUGUCAGCAUCCCCAACACUGCUGCUGGCAUGAUGGGCACUCAAAUGAUCAGUCACAUGAUGCCUCAAAUCAUCUACACCUCGGCAGGACCAAUUGCCGUAGCUCAACCGGUACUCAUGGCAGCUCCCCAGCAGUUGGCGUCUUCGUCAGCAACAUCGCCUACUCUUAGUCCAACGAGUCAAGAAGAGCAGCAGAAAGCCACCAUUGCCUCGGCAACUCAGGGUUUCCUACCGUUGGCCCUACUUCUGCAGCAGAAAGCAAUGCAGAGCAUGCCUCAGAACAACUGGGACAUGAUGAAGGUGCAGAUGUAUUGCCCAGCGAAUGUGAACUGUGGGCGGCCAUUUUGCAAGCUGAAGAAGCGUGAGCAUUUUCACUGCAAAGAGUGCAACCAGGCGUUCUCUUAUGAGGACAGAUUGAAAGUACACAUUGCCAAACAUGGGUUGAAACUGGAGGAAGACCAGCAGAUCUGCAUAAUGCCCACUGCUGCACUUAAUCAGAAUGUUCCAGUAACUUUUAAUGGGAAUGAAGCAACCACAGAAGCAACAUCUGAUGGGAAUGCUAAGGCGGAAGAUGGAGAUGAUGUGGAAGCUUCGUCUUCACUCACCUUGAAACCAGAAGCUUUCACAAGCAUUUUAGAAAAAGCCCAACAAAACCAGAACAAUUCCGAGGAACAGCAGAAGUCGGGUCAGUCACAUUCCAAGACAAAAGAUGCUGUCCCAGAAUGCAAUGGGGCAGCAGACACUCCGCAGGAGGAAUCGCUGGAUUUGUCCAUCAGCUCCACCGGGGGGUCUCUCCAAGACAGCUCCAGACGGUCAGGACGGAAGAGAAUUUCCACCCACAUGGAGGAUUUCAUCACCAAUGAUGAGCCGGCACCAAAGCAGCAGAAGGUAUCCCACUCUAGCCCAGUGCCCAAUAAAACCGAUCCGUUACCAGACGGGUUCCAACGGUACCAUUACUCCGAGGACUGCGGACACGCCCAGUGUGCACAUCGCCAGAACCUGACCCACUUUCACUGCUCCCGUCCUGAUUGUGCGUUCGCAUUCACCGACCGUUCCCGCAUCGUGCAGCACAGCAUACGCCACGAGCGUGUGGACGCCAUAAUGGGAGGCCAGUUCCAGCAGUAUCGCGGAACCUCAGAAUGCGGACGUCCUGAUUGCCAAUACACAGGGAAGUCUUCUCACUACCACUGUCUGCGUUGUCCAUUCAUUUGCACAGAUACGAGCAAAGUUUCAGCCCACAGGAAACAGCAUUCUAAGAUGGAGAAGUUUGCCUCGCAGGGGUUCACGAAAAUCUCUCAGACCGCAGAAUGUGAAGUGGCCAAUUGUCCGCAUAGCAAGAAGCAGACCCAUUACCACUGCGUGUACACUGGCUGCUCUCACUGUGUUCUCAGUCCCUGCCAGAUGGCGCAGCACAAACGCAAACACGAAGUGGCAUAAUUCUUCCCUCCACAUUUCUUACACAAUGGUUGGACGUGCAGCAUUACAUGCUGCUUCAUGUAGUGCUGAAAAAAUGCACAAAAAUCUACAUGUUGGAUGGACCUUUCAGCGUAUAUGGAAUAACGUGUUGCACAAAAGAAACUCAUAGAAUGGUGUGCAUGAGAUGUUCAGAAGAGAUCUGGAAUUUACCAUAAUAAAGGCAUGACAUAUUUCAGCAGGAGGCCAUAAUAUAUUCAUCAGGAUGUGCGGAGAACGUGCUAGUGGUGACAGAGGGAAUUUUUUUACAAGGAGAGAAUGCAGUAUGAUUUGAAACUGUUCUAAUGGCAGCACACAAGAUAGUCUAUAAAAAGAGAGGAUAGGAAGAUGGAAGAAGUGCUUCAAUGAGGAGGCAUAUCGUGCAAAACUGAACUUUGGUCUAGUGGACUAGUAAGCACCAACAUCAAACCAUGUAGCUUAUGAGGAAGGAAGAAAGGAUGAAGGAAGUUUGAAUGGUCUUGGAAAGAGAUGAAGAGGCAAGGGGGAGGAUGUUUCAUAUACUUAGUAGUGAAUAUGUGACAAGUAUAUUUUAUUUUCAAAUUUAUGAUAUAUUAUUGGAUGAAGACAUUGAAUUUGUGGAGUUACACCCAUCUUGCACAGACCUUUUCCCAAGCUUGCAAGUUUGUUCAAUAUAUUAUACUUAGAAUGUCAGGGAUGAUGCAAACACUUUCUAUGUAGGAUUUUAAUGGUGGAGAUAUUCUUUCCAGAGGAUAUAUAUUUUGAUACAGGUUCUGUGUCUUAGGAUUUGUAUGGCACAUUUCUGAAAAAAAAGCCUUU